AUGCAAGAUUCUGAUUCACGACUAUCCCUACAAAGAGAGCAAAACGCAACGGAAUCUCGCGGCGUCGUGCGACGGACAGGACAUGCUCCUCAACCAUCAAACCGGAGAGAGUCGAAGCCACCACGAGGAAAUCCGCUACCCGCCAAGCCUCGUUCAACACCGUCCAGGACGGCGUCCUUGCCACGGGACGGAAGCAAAACUUACACUACUCCCGUUCCACGGUCAUCGAUGCCAGCGACGAAAACCCUUGUACUAGCCAACGUCCCAGCCAGAACAGGGCUGCAGGCUGCGGUGGACCUUCCAGUUUCCCGGCUGCCGUCGAAAAGUACAUCCCAGACGGUUGCAGCAAAGGCAGGUCGGGCUAUUGUGAUCAAGGAGAAGCUCAGAGGAAGGCCAUAUCUCGCUGCUUCUGUUCCGCUCAAUCGCCGCACACAAGAUAUCGAAGUUAUCAAUUUAGAGGAGGAUAAUUUGAAAGUUGCCCCCAGCAAGCGCACUAGAGAGUCCUCCCCAGAUCGACGUACUUCAGAUCCUUCCAUAGCGCCCAAAAAGGCAAAGCGAGCGAAAACUGCAGACCUGAAGUUGCCGGAGAAGUGCGUCACUGAGAAGAGCGAAGACGACGAGAAGAAACAGAACAAGCUGAAAAGCGUCCCGGACAAGGGCACGAAAGAUUCUUUCUCCCAAAAUUCUUUCUCCAAACCGAAGACUGUGACCCCACCGACGGCCCCCAGCGACACAACUUCCUCGAAACCUUCGGGGCCAGAGCUAGCUCAGAAACAAGUUCCCACGAAGAAGCUCCCGAAAAAAGAAGCGCAGGAAAGAAGAAAACUCAAGCGCCAGGCCAAAAAGGAAAAGAAGGCAGCCAAAGCAGACGCUAAAGCCGCAGCCAAAGCCGCAGCCAAAGCCGCAUCCAAAGCCGCAGCCAAAGCCGCAACCAAAGCCGCAGCAACUGCCCCUCCCACCAAUGGCACGCACCACGCCCUCUCCCCCCAAGAAGCAAACGUCGUUCGUCUGGUAAUCACAUACGGCCUGCUCAUUGUCGAGCGCUGCCCAACAAGCGGCUCGCCAACGUGGCUGGCGUGUAAGCUGUGUGCGGUGUUAGGAUGCCCGGGGCGGUCUAGCGGGUUCAUACGCAUGGAACGGGCGCCAUUCUGUGCCCGAAGGCUCAACGCGCAUGCAAGCGAGCAUACGGAUGUGUGGCCAAAGUAUCGGGAGGCAUGUCAAGAGGAUAAGCUUGCUUUUUUUCAAGGGAAAACUCUGCCGGAAGUCCAAGUGUUCCGGGAGAUGGUUGCGUUUUUGAAGCAAUCGUGGGGCGAAGGGGGUGCGCCUCACCGGCUGGCGAGGGGGCAGGUACUGGAAUCACAGAAGCACAGACCGUUUAUGUGAGCAGCACUGCUCGUGCUUGUCGAUGGUGGAGGCAGUCUUUGUCCACGAUUGUCGUGGUUUCGCAGACGGUCAACGAAAGUUCAAUAUUUUUUCUUGAGUACAUAGUUCGUUUCAUAAAGAUUAGUUUGACCACG